CAUGAAGGUUCUCUUGGCAGCUCUGGUUUAUAUUCCAUUAAUCACAGCUCUAGUAAGGAUCCCUCUAGUUCGAUUUCAAUCUAUCAAAGGAAUGCUUCAACAGAAGGGAGGACUGAAUCAGUUUCAGAAAGAUCAUCAACCUGACAUUUUUGCUCGGAAAUACCUGCAUUGCUUCCCUUCGGGGACUUAUUUGUUCCAGGGACAUGCAAAAGAACGGCUCUAUAAUUACAUGAAUGCCCAGUACUAUGGAGAGGUGCACAUUGGCACUCCACCUCAGACAUUCACCGUGGUGUUUGACACUGGCUCAACUGACUUGUGGGUCCCGUCCGUUUAUUGCAUCUGUGACGCUUGCAAGAAUCAUCAAAAAUUCAAGUCAUUUAUGUCAAAGACCUAUGUACAUGGAGGGCAAUCAUUUUAUUUACAAUAUGGCACUGGGAAUCUUAUGGGUAUUGCUGCCAAAGAGUCAGUUCAGAUUAGCAAUGUUACCAUUGUGGCCCAAGGCUUCGGAGAGUCUGUUUAUGAGCCUGGCUUCACCUUUGCCUUUGCCAAAUUUGACGGUGUGAUGGGCCUGGCAUAUCCAGACUUGUCAGUGCUGAACACAAUUCCAGUAUUCGACAAUAUGAUGGACCAGAAUUUGAUUGAGGAACCUGUGUUUUCCUUCAACUUGAACAGAGGAGACAACGGUGAAAAUGGGAAUGAAUUGAUAUUUGGGGGCAUUGACCAUUCCCUCUACAGUGGGUUAAUUCAUUGGACUCAAGUCACUCAAAAGAAGUAUUGGAAAAUUCAUAUGAAAAAUGUGAAAAUUCAGGGACAGGUAAUAACAUGCAAUCGUGGCUGUGAAGCCAUUGUAGAUUCUGGCACUUCUCUUAUUGUUGGACCACGCUUAGGAAUAAAAAGAAUACAAGAAAAAAUUGGAGCCACACCAACUCGAACUGAAGAGUUUCUCAUAAACUGCACCAGACUAUCCAGUCUGCCCCCAAUAACCUUUACCAUCGAGAAGGAAGAAUUCACAUUAACACCAGAGCAGUACGUAAUCAGGGACCCCACUAGAAGUAAUGUGUGUAUCAGUGGUUUUCAGACUCUGGAUCUUGGCAGCCGCAAUGAACCGACAUGGAUUUUGGGAGAUGUAUUUAUGUCAGCUUUUUAUUGCAUUUUUGAUCGUGGCCAUGAUCGAGUUGGAUUUGCUCAUAAAGCAACGAAGAAUGAGACGAGGCCGUUGAAAUGCAUGGAUGGAGAUUUGUGUAACGCUAACAACCCUGCCCUGUAGGCUAUGAGUAAUAAUGGUUUUUGAUAGGUCAGUGGGGAGGGAGGAUGGGAGAAAGGCCUGAAUUACUAUGAAGACUUUAAAUUCUGGAGUCAACUAUUGUAGCUGGAUUCUUGUAUGUGUAUAUUCAUGGUUAAGGUGUAAAUUUAUUAUUGAUUCAAUGAUAUGAAGCCUCAAAACUUCUCAAAGAGCUACAUCAUAAAUGAUACAAUGAAGUAUUUAAGAAUGAUUAAGCCAUGCAACCCAAUCCUAGAGGCACUGGGUUGGUGCUCCAUCCCUCAGUUUUUACCUUCCCCAGGCUGGCGUUGGGUAAUCCUGACGCCUUGGA